AUGGGGACUUCAAAAAUUCUUGUCGUUGGUAGCAUCCAGGGUCAACUGAAAAAGGCUUUCGACAAAAUAUCAAAGCUGCAGACCAAACACAACUUCACGAUGGCUAUUGUCGUUGGCGAUCUUCUAGGUUCACCGGACGAUGAAAGUGCUUCAAUUGAAUUGGAGGCCUUGCUCAAUGGCCAGAUCGACAUACCUCUCCCAACGUAUUUCAUGAUCGGCGACUCGUCUUUCCCGGAAACUGUCAAAGCAAAGCUCGAACACGGCGAUCUUUGUUCGAACCUUUUCUAUCUGGGUCGCAAGGGGACCAUGACCACUACAGAAGGGGUGAGAAUCGUGUCACUCGGAGGUCGACUGGCGCAAAACGAAGCGUCGCUCACUCAGAAGCCCAGUGCUUAUGAUCCAUUGUAUCUCGACAGCGAGUCAAGAGGACUCCACGGCGCUCAUUCCGCACACAUUCUCGUCACAAAUCAGUGGCCGGCCAACAUCACCAACGGGUCCAAGGUCGAAUUGCCCGAAGGUGUUGACGGGACGGCGGGCUCUCAGUCGGUCGCCAAUCUGUGCCAAGCACUCAAGCCAUGGUAUCAUUUCUCCAGCAGUCCAAGCGCUUUAUGGGAGCGAGAGCCCUUCAAGCACGUCGUCGAGUACACUUCGUACGAUCAACCGAGCGUCACGAGGUUUAAAAGUCUGCCGAGCGUGUCCGCGUCCACGAAAGAGUGGAUGUCGGCGUUCACAUUAGACACCUCCCGUCCUCCAGCUACGGUGGAAACGCCUCUUGAGUCUCCGUUCAUCAGAUCUUCACCGCCAAGGAAGCGACAAGCGGUCGACGACAGAGCACCAUACCGGGGCGACGCCGAUGAAGGCAAUGGGGCACGCAACCGCAAGCGUGCUCGGAGAGGUCCACGUUAUGACCCAGAUGACUGUUUCAUGUGUCUCAACAAGCCUGGUGCUAAGACUCACCUUGUCGUGUCUCUGGGGGACGAGAGUAUGGCCACGACCACGAGGGGUCCUUUACCGCUGCCAUCGACAUUUCCGCAGCUGUCCUUCACCGGCCACGUCAUGAUCAUCCCAUACUACCAUGCAGCGGACGAGUUGGCCCAUGGAAAACGAUCACCCGACGAAAUUGCUUCCGAGUUCAGGGAAAUGAAUAGGUUCCGAAAGGCUUUGAGUGCCAUGAUCGGAGCGAAAAGCCACGGUCAGCUCGGCGCGGUCUGCUGGGAAGUCAAUCGCACCGGCAUCCGGCACUUCCACUGGCAGAUCGUCGCCUGUCCGGUGGAUCGCAUCAAGACGGGGAUGGUUGAGGCCGCGUUCAAGGUGAAAGCAUCUCAGUACGGGUAUCCAGACUUUCAAACUUGUGCUGCCGACACCCAGCUUCCACAACGAUCGGAUUACUUCCGUGUGUGGACAUGGGUGGCGGACGCCGUCCAGUUGGCCGACCAUGCCAAUGGGAAUGCGAACGAUGACGAGGAUGUGGGCGUGGCAAAAUCCAUGUUCUUUCCACUGCCCGUGGAUCAAAAGUUCAACAUCUGGUUUGGGCGAGAAGUCAUGGCAGGUCUGCUGCAACUGGAAUACCGAGUGAAUUGGAUGGAUUCAAUCCUGUCCAAGGACGGGAGCGAUCAGGCCGCAGAGGAAGAGGACGCCGCGGGUCUUCGUGCUGACUUUGAGGAGUUUGAUUUUGCGAUGAAGUGA